AUGUCUACCCCAAACGAGUCCAUCAAAACGAGCCCUGUCGAAAAGGAUGCCAACCUCGACCGCAAACACUCCGACCCCGCCGCGAGUGAAGAAGUUGGCGGUGUCUUUGGUGGUGAGGGAGGCAAGAACUUCCGAGUCAUGGGCCGCAAGAGCACCCUUUUCGCCCUUCUCACCAACCAAUUCGGCAUCGCCGCUCUUGGAUUGCCCUCCGCCUACCGCGAUAUCGGAAUUGUCCCCGGAAUUAUCGUAACUUGGGGAACAGCAUUGCUGGCUUGGUACACAGGCUACGAGUUUUGGCGAUUUUACUGCCGUCAUCCUCACUGCGUAACUGUCAUCGACAUGGCCAGGACCGCAGGUGGCCGGUUUUGGGAAGUAAUCGUGGGCAUCGCGUUUGUGAUCCAGCUCAACAUGUGCUGCGCUUCAGCUUCGGUCACGCUUUCUAUCGGUUUCAACUCGAUCGGCGACCAUUCCAUGUGCACAGUGGGCUUCAUUGGCAUCGCCUGUCUCAUCUCCUACCUCCUAUGCAUCCCGCGAACGAUGAAGUUCGUGGCGCAGAGCGGCUUGCCCUGCAUGAUCAGCAUCAUCGCAGCCGUUUUGAUCACCAUGAUCAGCAUUGGUGUUUCGAAGCCAAACCUAGCCGAAGAUGGCUGGAAGCCAGAUCUGAAGGUCGCGAACAACCCAGGUUUCAAGACAAUUUUCAAUGCGGUUCUCAAGAUUGUGUGGGCAUUCGCGGGUCACCACGCCUAUGUCUCGUAUAUGGCCGAGAUGCGCGACCCCGUCAAGGAUUUUCCCUGGGCUCUCAGCUGGCUGGGUAUCAUCGGCGCCAGCUUCUACACGUUCUUAGCUGUUGGCAUUUACUGUCUUUCUGGAGAGUACACAACUUCUCCCGCCCUCGGCGCAGCGCCUAGAAUCGCGGCCAAGGCAGCUUAUGGGAUCGUUAUUCCGGCUAUUGUCACUGCCGCUCUCGCCAACGGCCACAUCGGCAUUAAAUACGUUUUUGUCGUUGUGAUGCGCAAGAUGAACGCCCUCAACGAAAUCACGGCAAACACCCCCAAGUCCUGGGGCGUAUGGGUCACCAUCGCAACAGUCUUCUGGAUCGUCGCCUUCAUCAUCUCCAACGCCAUCCCGAUCUUCGACUCUCUGGUCUCUAUCCAGUCAGCUACUACCUACGCCUGGUUCUCGUUUGGAAUUGCCAGUGUCCUUUGGUUCAGCUGGAACAAGGGCAACUACUUCAAGAGCCCCAAGCAGAUCGCUUUCUUCUGCUUGAAUGUUUCCAUUGUCGGUUGGGCGUUUUUUCUCAACGGCUGUGGUCUUUGGUCUUCUAUCACUCAGAUGCUGGACAUCUUUGCUAGUGACAAGGGCGUCAACGGCAGUUUCAGCUGCGGUGACAACUCGGCCCUGUAA